CAGCUUCCUAUUUUUGCCUAUUCUUAAAAGCACCCGGGGUGCCACGAGCUCUUGCAUCCAGAUCUGGAAUUCCUGGCUUCCCGUGAAUCUCUGCUAUCUUCAUCUGUCAGGUCUAAACGCGCAUGUGCUCUUAGCUUGCUUUCGUCAACAUUGUUGGAAGCUCUUGGUCUACAUUUUCUGAAUCUCUACAUUGCAUACGAUAACCAAGAUAUCCCCGCAACAGUCGGCUCCCAUAAUUGCAUCUCCUGUUCUGGCAUCGACUAUUCCUAAGAAAAACUAGUCGCAAGUUCUUUAUACAAGAGCAGCAGCAAUCCUUCAUUGCGAAUCGCGCAUAUGAUUGCGUUACAAAACCAGGCCAUCUUACCUCCCGCCAAAGUGGAUAUCUCACUGCUAUUGAAACCGCAGGAUGAAGAAGAGACCGCCCCGGUGACUACCGCGCCAACCUAUGCGCCCAGCACGAUACCGUCAGCUUCGUUGGUCCCUCCCCUACCCGUGGCGACGCCAACUUCAAUCCAUCCAGCAACGGCUGUACCGCCACUUUCCAAAGUCUCGGCUUCAGUCCCUAUUAAGCGUCUUCAACCGGCUCAUACGGCAGAGUCGCCUGCCAAGAAGCAGUCGAAAUGGUCUCCCGAAGAAGAUGCUCUUAUUAUCGAAUUGCGGGGCAGCGGCAUGAAAUGGGAAGAUAUUAGCAAGCGCCUCCCUGGUCGAAGCGCUAUUAGUUGUCGUCUCCACUAUCAGAACUAUUUGGAACGCAGAAGUGAGUGGGAUGAGGAUAAGAAGAACAAGCUCGCGCGGCUGUAUGAGAGGUUUAAGGCAGAGAUGUGGUCGAAGGUCGCAGAGGAAAUGGCGAUUCCUUGGCGGGCAGCAGAAGCCAUGCAUUGGCAGUUGGGAGAGCAAGAGAUGGCUCGUCGUGCAGGUGUCGUUCCUUUUUCGCUGUCAAGCACAGCUAUCGACCCCCCUGCGCCCAGAGCACGCAGAGCCAGUACAUCUUUGUCUCGACCAAGGAAAGGAUCGACUUCACGGUCGAUACAUCAUCCCCCACAGCUUCCGUCUGUUGAAGAACUCACUGCUGGGGUACCUGCUUUUGCGCCACCUCCGUCCUUCCUGCCGCCCCGUGAAGCAUAUAGAAUAGGGCGCCCUGUGGAUUUGGGUGGCGGCCAAGGCGGCCCAUUCGGGCCGAACCUCGGUCUUCCUCCUCGAACCCUUCCCUAGGCAGGCCGGGGGAAGCGGUGAUGAUGACUAUGUCUAUUUUCUCCCAUUGCGUCGUUACGAGUUGCAUAGCGCUGAUUGGAGGUAUUGGUCGUUGAAAGGGAGAGUUUACCCUAGAUAUUCAUCUU